GUGGGAUCACUCAGGAGGCGGAGUUUGCUGCAGUGAAGUUCCUAAAGUCUCCAUACAGACUGAGCCUGGUGUCCACGCCCCCCUUCAUCAAACCUGGCCUCCCCUAUAACAUCCAGGUGGUGGUGAAGGAUCACCUGGACCAACCGGUGAACAGGGUCAAGGUGCGCCUGGUGGAGAGGCAGCUGUUCAGGAAGGGGGGGGCGAGCGAGGAUCUGCCCUGCCCCCUGAGCUCCGUCAGCCAAUCAGACGGCAUCGCUGUGUUCAUCUGCAACACGCCGCGCGAGGGGGUCCGAGCGCUGCUGAAGUUUCAGACGGAGGUCCCGGCCCUCCCAGCAGCCUCUCAGGCGCUCCUGGUCCUCGAGGCGUUGGCCUUCCACUCCCCGAACCAGCGCUACCUGUACAUCGACCCUCCAAUGCCGGGCAGCAGCCUGGAGGCCGGGCGCUUCGGCAACAUCAAGGUGUACUCUACCUCGCCCUCCUACGUUCCAAUCAGAGCGCUCAGCUACCUGGUGCGGAGACCCUGCUGA